CUUCCCUCUCUGCACGACGUUUCUGGAUCUAACUCUCGAGCUGUAACAUUUCUACAAGACUAGUGACUAGCCUGCUACUUUUUAAGUUCUAGGCCAUAGUGCAAUAACCAUUGUCCGCCCGUUCAACGUUCCACAUCCUUUGGUCUUGUGCUUGAUUCAACAUGGAGCAAAAUUGGUCACCUGUUGAGCCACGGUUUUUUCCUGCUGUCACUCCUUGCACCAUGGCAGUGGACAUGGACCUUCUGACAGCUGACAACAUGUGGAUUGCUAAGGCACGAGAAGGAGGUGCAGCAGUCGAAUCACUUGAAAUCGGUAUGAAUCGGUUUUUUGCGGGGGCAGCUGGCUUGGGUAACUUGUUGUUUGCUGCAGUUCUGGCCCGAAAGAGCAGCUUCAGCUGCUUGAGCUUCGGUUAAUAUGGGGAGUAUCGAUUGGGACUCUCGUGAGUAUCCUGGUCACUAUCAGCCCGUACAGCUUGACCCGAACGAGUUCAACUUGCCAUGUGGGUUUUGUGAUUGGUGGAAUAGGCGAUCGAUUUCAUGCUGCUGUUGCUUCCCAUGCUUCCAAUGUUGUGGUGGUCGAUGCAACCCAUGCCUCGUGCAGAAGGUAGAUCCCUUAGACCCUGAGAUUUACAAGAAGACCAUGCAGAUGCCCACGAAAUGUCCAGAAGAGUUCAAGGGUGUUUGGUGGCUGGAAGACAACAUCGCAGCAGAGUCCUUGGUCAUUUUCACCGACAGCUUCUGGGAGGACCAGGGCGACGGGAUUUGGUACUUUGAAAAAGAUGUUCCUCAAAGCUGGCUCCGAGACUAUUCGGGCUUCGGUAUAUGCCUUGGAGCCGGCAAUGCUUGGAGCGGCUGUUGUAGCUGUUGCAGCUCCAACUGGUGGAAUGAAUGGCAGACCAAGGUCUCCAUCACGUGGAACUUCCCAAAGGGCAAGGGGACCUUGAACGACUUGGAAUGGGUUUUUAAGAUCAAUGAGAACGAGUGGCAAAAGCCAAGUUUUAAGGCCAAGCCGGGAGAGCCCAACGCUAAUGAGAUCACGUACAUGUAUCGGUGGAGGCGUGUGAUCGGACCCGAUGGCAACCGGACGGCUGCAUGGGACGACAUGAAGACGCGCAUAGAGUCUCCCAUGCCUCACCAGAACUGCUUCACUCCAUGGUGCCCUUGCUGGCCAUUGUGCAUCUCGAAGAAGGACCGUUUGUUGAACAUGACCUACAAUUCUCCAACGCAAGUGAUGAUCUUGCCCCCCCAGUUCCGCACAGCCGCCUAUUCUGGAUGUUGCAUUGGACCUAGCUGUCCUUGCCCGUGCAUGUGCCCGUGCUUCGCCAACGUCUACGGCGUUUGGACGAAGAACUUUCCGGGUCCUGAAGCGACCAAGAUUGGCAAGAACUCUGAAUAGUGUGGCCAAUGAGCCAAUGGAAGUUUUAAUCUAUCGCAGACAGGGUUGCUUGAAGUGCUGGCCGCUUUUGGAGCGUUUUUCUUUGUGGAUGCUCUUGGAACCGACCAUUUUGCAAGGGUGGUCAACAUGACCACCCAUCCAAAUGGGGAAUCGCUUUCCAGCUGCGGGGCUCAAC